AUGGCGAACGAGGACGCCGGCGGCUUCACGGCCUUCAUGGCGACCGUGGACGGCGGCAAGGCGGAGACGCAGAAGGAGAGCAGCGCGCCCAAGGACGAGUACCACUACGAGGAGCAGCAGGAGAAGGAGGCCAUGAUGAAGAGCUACCACCACCCCAUGAAGCAGUGGUUCCGGCAGCGGCCGCAGCUGGAGGCCAAGUACGGCGCGUUCCCGCUGUUCUGGCAGGAGCUCAAGACGUGGGAGCCGUACCGGGAGGUGCUCAAGGCCUACAUCAAGUUCACGGAGCACGGAGACGACGCAGAGACGUCGGAGAAGAAGGACGAUGCCGAUGCUGCUGACAAGGUGAAGGGGAAUGAAGACAGCUCCACUGCCGAGAAGAGGGAUGCAGCCGCAGAGCAGCCGAAGAAGCGACGCAAGAGUCGCUGGGGAGAUCCGGUGGAGCCGGUCGCCGACGGCAAUGGCGAGAAGAAGCGGAAAAAGUCGCGUUGGGCACCUGCACCCAGCGCCUCCUCGACGAUGGCGGGGCUGCUGACGCAGAAGCAGCAGCAGACUGUCAUGCUGCGUGCGCAGCUGGAUAACAUCAACCAGAAGCUCAAGACCGUGGCGAUGGACGCCGCGCUGAUUGAGAAGGAUCCGAACAGAUCGCCGUCGCCCCCGCCGCAGUAUGACUCCAAUGGAAUGCGCACCAACACCCGUGAGGUGCGCAUGAAGGCCGCGUUGGAAAAGCGUCGGCGCGAGACGAUUGACCAGCUCGUGAAGGUCAACCCGCUGUUCCGUCCGCCGGCAGACUACACGCGUCAGAAACUGCACCGCAAGAUCUACAUUCCCAUCAAGGAGUUCCCGUCGUACAACUUCAUUGGCUUGAUUAUCGGCCCUCGUGGCAACACGCAGAAACGCAUGGAACGAGAGACGAACUGCAAGAUCGCUAUCCGCGGCAAGGGCUCUGUGAAGGAAGGUAGCAAGGGCAAGAAGACGAAUGCCGAUGAGAACGACGACUUGCACGUGCUGAUUACAGGCGACCGAGAAGAGGAUCUCGAUAAGGCAGCGAAGGAGGUGCAGAGUCUGCUGGUGCCGGUGGACGAUACGAAGAACUCGCACAAGCAGAAGCAGCUGCGUGAAUUGGCACUUAUCAACGGCACUCUUCGGGACGACGACUAUUGCCAUAUUUGUGGCGAAAAGGGGCACCGACAAUGGGAGUGCCCCAACCGAGAUGCCCACCGCACCUUCAAGCCAGUCAACGUAAAAUGCGCGAUUUGUGGAGAUUCUAGCCACCCAACUCGCGAUUGUACUCAAAAGAGGAAGUCUGCAGAAGAAAAUGCCGCCAUCGACAAGGAGUACCAAUCCUUCAUGCAACAACUCGGCGAAGCACCGAUGUCGUCGUCGGUCACGAAGGACAAGGCUCCGGAUGCUGCUACUUCCCAAACAUCAGCAGCAUCAGCGCCGUGGUUGCAACCUGCGAAGUCGUCCAGCGCCGCGACGCAGCCUUGGAUGAUGCAGCAGUCGGCUGGAGCGCCCGGUACUGCAGGUGCACCUGGCGCAGCUGUCAUGGGCUCCACACCGGCUACGGCAUUCCCGCCUCCUGUGGCACCUCCUGGUGCGUACGACUACCAAGCUCAGGGUCAAGAGUGGGGAGCGCAGCAAGGCUGGGAUGGUGGGUACAAUGCGUAUUACGGGUCGUGGGACCAAAGCGGUGGUGCCGCUCAGGGAGCCGAGUACCAGGCCUACGGACACUACGGACCUCCUGCUGGCGCACCUGGGGCUAACGGGGCUGAUCAGUAUCAAUAUCCGCCGUACGGCAACCCACCGCAGUAA